AUGCUUCUGCAUGAUUACAUUGUGAUUGCCCAUCAAUGUCUUGAAAGCAUCUCGAGAACUCGUGAAUGCACUCGUUUUGAUCAGUUUCCAGCCAGAAGGAAAGAGGGAGGAGACUGA